AUGUUUCAUUACGUGACCAGUUGCCAUGAGACUAACAAUCCAAUUGGCAGAUUUAGUUUCUUUGGUCUGCUUCUGCACGGAGACUUCAAAAUUGUACUCGCCAAGGUGGGGAGAUCUGGAGUGGGGGAGUUUGGGAAUUUUUGUUUGGAUGGUGGAAGUUCUGAAACAAUUCAGUUAUCCAUCAGUUAUCCAUCAAUCAUCCAUCCUAACAUCAAGUCCAGCAAAUUCCUGGUAGGGACUCAGGGUGCUGGUCACGUGAGGUGGACUACUUCCGGUUACGUCAUCGGAGAUGUACGAGGGCUGUAG